AUGAGUUUUCUAUUCUCAGGAAUAUUUGGAAAAAAGCAAGAAGAGCCCCCAUAAUAGAAAUCAAAUCAGACUAAAUAGCCUGAUAUCUCUAAAAGCUAAAUGCCAUAAUAGGAAAAGACUUCUAGUGAAGAGGAGAAAAAUCAAGUUGCAUAAAACUAACUAAGUCAAAGCGAGAUUAUUUAACCAGCAACAUAAGCAUAAAAACUAGAUUUAAAUAGCUUAAAAAAUACUUCAAAGUAAGCAGAAAUUCAAUCCUCAGUGAAGACUCAAUAGCAACCUGAGACAUUAGCUGAAGACAAAGCAAACUCAGACAUUUAUGCUCCUCCUAGCUUAUUUAUGGGUCUAAACACAAAGCCUACUACCUUGAACACAAAUUUCGGAGCAAACUCUUCUGGUUUCAACUUAGGAGGACUCUCUUCAUCUAAUAACACCAACUACUAAAAUUAGCCUCAGUAAGAUAGCACACUUGGUCUAUUUGGAAUGUUAAACGUCAAUAAGCAGCCAUCUUAGCAAUAAAAUGUGGCAACUACAUCAGGCUCUAGCAAUAUAAACCCAUUAUUUGCUGGUCUCCAAGAAAGCAAAACAUUGCAAUCAUAAGGUUCAGACUAAUUAAACACUAGUGGAAAUCAGAACAAUAAAUCUCUAGAUUUAUUCUCUCAACUAAAUCUCAAUACAAGGUCAUCUAACCUAAUGCAAAAUCCUUAUGGAAGCUCAUAACCCUAACAAUUGAUUGAUAUUAACAGCAAUCCGUUCUUUACACUACCAGGCAUAAGUUCUAACAUAAAUACUUAGCAUUAACCCUAGAAACUGAUGAGCAUUGAAGACGCAUUUUCUGGUAUAAAUUUCUCCCAACCAAAUGCAGGAGAGUCAAGCAAUAAUACCUCACUUAAUAACUAACUAAAUCAGGGAUCAGGAAAUACCUCAACUGCAAAGUCUUCAGGUUUCGGCUUCCUUGGAUCAAGUAGCAGCUUACCUCAACAAAAUCAGACAUCUAACCAAAAAGAUGAAAGCGCGUCAUAGCCAUAGAGAUAAAAAUCAGACUUCAAGCACGAAGAUUACUCAAUUUCAUCGAUCAAUAAUGUGAGUAAACACAGUUUCGAAGAAGUUGAGAGAGCUGAUGUCAAUCAGUCCAAUUACUAUUUAAAUAAGCCGCCCAACAUUAUGAAUACCUAUUAGACCUAGUAACCUUAGAAUUCAGAAAACAACUUCUAUUUCUUAUCAAAUACUGGUUCCGGACAAAAGCAAGAUAACUAACAGACUAAUAAUUAUUCUCCUCCAGGAAUAGGACUAAACACAAGUGUAGGCAACUUUGAGAUCGAAAAGUCUUUAAAAGACAACAAAGAUGAUAACUUUGAGGAGAUCAACGAGUCAAAGGAUAUUAUUGAGGAAAGAAUAAACAAAAUAAAGAAUCAUAUCAUUGAAUUUACAAUGAAGCAGUAAGAUCUAUCCGACAAGAUAGUCAAUCUUGAAAAGGAUAUCGAGAUUCUUCAACUUAAAUUAGAAGAUACUACUACCUAACAAUAAAGGGCUAUUGAAAAUGAAGACUAUGAAGAAGCAGACGCUUUAAACAUGAGACUUACCCAAACAAAAAACCUCAUAAGCUCUAAAGAGUCAUAAAUUAAAAGACUAGAUGAGGAUCAUAUGGGAUUAGAAAAUAAGAAGAGUGAUAAAUACAGAGAACUCUGUUAAUUAAUCUAAAAGUCUUUGGACAAGAUGAAUGAACUUAAGGACAAAUAAUAAGAUGAUAUGGCAUAGUUUGAAGAAUCUGAAAUGAAUGCAAUUGAAGAGAAAAAGAAGAGAUUGCAUUAUGAGAGUAUUAGAAUUGAUGAGAUUUCGAAGGACAUCAAAAAGUAAAAGGACAAGGUCAAUGAGAAGCUUUAGCAGAUUGAAGACUAGGUUUAUGAAGAUACAAAGCCAUAAUAAGUGGAAAAAGAUGUUGUAGAUAGCAACAUAGAUAAAAUAAACAGUGAAAUAGAAGAAAUAGAGUAAAUGCUAGAAAGAAAAAAGUAAUAAAGAGAGUAGUUGUUGCUGUAGAGAGCAUAAUUUGAGAGAGAGAUUGAUAAGAGCAGAUAGAAGUUUAGAGAGUAGAUUCUCAAGCAUGAGAGACAAAUGGAUAAGGUUGUGAAAGAUGAAGAUAAGAAUGUCAAAGAUCUUGAUGAGCUCAAAAGAGAGCAAUCAGAUCUAGCAGAAUAUGAAGAGACCUACAAGACUAGAAUAGAUGGCUUUUAAAAAGAGUUAAAAGAGCUUGAAGAGUUUGAAAAGUAACUUAGGAAGACUUUUGAAAGCUUAGAUAGCACACUUAGCGAGAAGGAGAGCUGCAAAGACACAGCAUUUAAGAUCAAACAAGAAAUAAAUCAGGUAAAGAUCAAGAGAGAUAAUGCUGUGGCUAAUAAAGAAUUCAUAAUUGAUAAGCAGGCUAAAGUAGAUGCAGAGAUUGAAGAUCUUUAGAGUUAAAUUACCAGCUUUGAAAAGAAAAUAGCUAAGCAAGAACAAGAAAAGAAAAAAGCUGCAGCAGCCAAGAAAUUCAAAGAAGCAUCAAAAGCCUAGGCUGAGAUCAAAGAAUAUACUGCAUAGCUUGAAGAUGCUUAAGAAUCGCUUAGUGAUCAGAUAAAAGAAAAAGAUAUAAUAGAAAGGGAUAUCGAAAAAAGAGAAGAUGAAAUCAAAUCAUUUGAUCAAUAGCUAAAGGAAAAUUAGGAGAAAUUUGAGAGAGUACAGUUAAAACUAUUGAGUUAUAGAAAAGAGGAUAUCCUUGAUCUUCUUCAUAGCUUAAAAUUAAUGCAAGCAUAGAGUAAUCAAAAGAAAAAGACUGAAAGUCUGGAAAAUGAGUUAUUGAAGAUCGAUAAUGAGCUCUUUGAGUUAGAGAAAAAAUAUGGUGAAUUCAAAAUUAGGAAAGGAAGCACUUAUGUUCAAGAAUAAUAAUAAUAGCCUGUAAAAUAUAAUGUAGAUAGUUCAACCUCAUCUAAUGAAUAAAAUCUCGUUGCAAACAUGCCAGCAGUUGAAACAAGUAGAAUCUAAUCAGCUUCUCCUAAGAAAGAAUUUGAACUUGAAGAAGAGGAUUAAGUACAACAAGAAAAACAAUAGCAAUAGUAAAAAAGGAGUAAGCAGGAAAUUCUUAGAGAAAUUUAGUAGUUAGAGGAAAGAGUAAAGUAGUUAGAGUCAGAAAUUGAGGAAGCUGUUGCAAAUGAUGAUUUCGAUCAAGCUGAAAUUCUUCAGAAUGAAAUAGAUAGCAUUUAAUAGUAAAAGCUGCCAGAGUUAUAGAUUGAAAUUACAACAGCUAAUGACGAUAUGGAUAAUAUUUUAGACUAGGAAAAUGAUAAUUAAUACAAUAUCAAUGAUCAAUCUAUCGACAAUAAAAAUAAAGAAGAUGAAGAAAAUAAUGAUGCUUAAGCAGAGGAUGAUUACCAACCACCUAAUUUAUAUGAAGCUCCAUAUAUUCCUCCUGCAAUUUCAGAAAAUGAUUAUAAGCCCCCUGAUCUUGGUAUUAAAUUUGAUGAUGAGCCAGUUAAAUAAGUUGAAGAGGAAGAAGAAAAUAAACUUGAAGAAAACCUAUAGGAAGACGCUGAAAAUUAAAAUUAGGAAACUUAAAUUUAGAUUUAAGAAAGUAAUGUCUAGGAAUUAAUUAAACCCUCAGGAUUUGAUCUAUUCUCAAAUCUUUAGACCAAGGUAUAAGGUCAAGCUAACUUAGAAGUCAAUCAAGAAUCUAACUUUGAAGAAUAAAAUCUUGACUAAAUAGAUGAAUCCUAGUAAUUACAAGUCAGCGAGACAGAACAAUAAGAAUCAGAACUCAAUCAAUAAGAGCUAUAGUAGAAUGAUGAAGAGUAGACUUCUGAUUAGGAGACCUACAGCCCUCCAAGUUUAUUUGCAAAUCUAAAUCUAAAAUGA